GGGAGAACGGGGACCGUCCGCCGCUUGUAGGACGCGCCUAUGGCCAGCGGCAGCCCCGCCAGGAUGGCCAGCGCCGCCGGGCAGCCGCCCUUCCUGCAGCCGGCCUGCUUCUUCGCCGCCGCAGUCGCCGCCGCCGCUGUCCCCCCUCCGGGGCCGCCACCAGGGGCGCCGGCGCCGCAGCUGAGCCCGGCGGGCGGGCAGCCCUCUCCGGGCGGCAAGCCCUCGGCCACGCGGGCGGCCAAGCGGCAGCGCUCGGCCUCGCCGGAGCUGAUGCGCUGCAAGCGGCGGCUGAACUUCAGCGGGUUCGGGUACAGCCUGCCGCAGCAGCAGCCGGCGGCCGUGGCGCGGCGCAACGAGCGGGAGCGCAACCGGGUGAAGCUGGUGAACCUGGGCUUCGCCACCUUGCGGGAACACGUCCCCAACGGCGCCGCCAACAAGAAGAUGAGCAAAGUGGAAACGCUCCGCUCCGCCGUCGAGUACAUCCGCGCCCUGCAGCAGCUGCUCGACGAGCACGACGCCGUCAGCGCCGCCUUCCAGGCCGGCGUCCUCUCGCCCACCAUCUCGCCCAGCUACUCCCACGACAUGAACUCCAUGGCGGGAUCUCCCGUCUCUUCCUACUCCUCCGACGAGGGUUCCUACGACCCGCUCAGCCCCGAGGAGCAGGAGCUGCUCGACUUCACCAGCUGGUUCUGAACGCCGGCCGCCUCCGCGGCAGGACAGUUGCAAAAGGGAAAAAAAGAAAAGUGACACCCAUCCCCCAAAAUAAAUCACACACAGGAAGACUGACAAAAAUACACCCAGGAGAAAGAACCUGUUGCAUGUCCCUCUCCCCCGCCGUCGGAGGGCGGUGCGGGCACGUCUCUCGGCGGGCGGGCACAGCGCUGCGAUGCGCGCCGCGGGGGCGGUCGGGGCGGCCGCCCCAAGCCCUGGCCCUUGUCCGGUCGUUGCACUCCGUCGUGCCGCCACGGACUGCGCACCGGCGGAGCGGACAUCCCGCGGGGAAGCCGCAGGGAAGGGAGCUGCGCUCUGCGGCCUGCGGAGGAGCUCUUCCCCCUUCUCGGCUGAAAGGCAGCCCCCUCUCCGCACCCCACCGAAGAGUCAGAGACUCGGCGUUCAUCAUUCUGUGGACAAAGUUAGUUCCUCGAUGUUUGUGGAGGUGUUGAAAUUAAGCUAUGCUGUGCUCAAAGAAGCCCCUGGAGCUCGUUUUCCCCCCGAGCCUCUGCCUCCCUUCGCGCCGAGCUUUCCCUCUCGUUUUCGUCAUAGAAUGCUUCCAACCCAUUUUUUUUCCUUUUUUUUUUUUCUUUUGUGAAUUUUUUUAUUAUAAGAAAAUCUAUUUGUAUCUAUCCUAACCCCUUUGGGGAUAUAUUAAGCUAUUUUUGUACAUAAGAGAGAGAGAUUUAUAGAGGUUUUGUACAAAUGGUUUAAAAUGUGUAUAUCUUGAUACUUUUUUUAAUAUGUAAUGCCUAUUACCUCUUCAUGUUUAGACUUGUAGUCGACGUUACCUUACAACUGCCAUUUUUGUAUGUGGUUUUGUAAAGGACUUGGAUUUCCUCCAGAUGUACUUUAGCACCAACGUGUCUUACUUUAUAGAAACUUUGUUAAUGUAUUAAUAAUGUUAUUAAACAAUGUUCAAAGUGAACAAAAGUUUAUGCAGCUAUUGUCCAAACGCAAAAUGGUAGCCAUUUGUUUUUAUAUGCUGCCUUUUGGAAAAAAAGCAAAACAAAACAAAAAAACGAACCCACAAGCAAACAAACAAAAAAAUCCCUAUUGCCACUGCCUUUUCUUACUGUUUUAUUACAAACUCACAAAGGUCCUGUAUAACCCUGUUUUAUACAAAUUAGUUUCGUAAUAAAACUUUUUUUAAUGAAAAU